AUGUCAAAGGAAAAACGGCCCGGUCGCGGGAAGUCGAUACAUAACCCAUUCCCGGCCUCAAUGGCUAGCGAAUGCGAGAAGGCUAGCUUGAUUCUUGACUCGCUUAUCAAUCCUCGUUAUAUCAAGCUUGACGUUGGAAUUCCCCACAAGAUUCUUGCCGAAGCAAAGGGCCUCGUCAUUCUAACUUCUUUACGAGUAGGUUUUCUCGGCUCCGGUCGCUUGGGGUCUGGCUUGAUCGUCGCUCGUCUACCUGAUGGCCGCUGGUCUGCCCCAUGUGCUCUGAUGACCGGAGGAGCUGGGGUUGGGGGCCUCGUUGGCUUGGAGCUGACAGAUUUUGUUUUUGUUCUUACAAGCGAUGAGGCCGUCAAUGCGCUGGCUACAUUUGGCUCAUUAACCUUGGGAUUGAAUGUAUCAAUGGCCGCCGGCCCCAUGGGGCGUUCUGCCGAGGCAACUGGUACAGCCAGUAGGAAAGGCGUGGCAAGCAUGCUCUCAUACUCCAAGACUCGCGGACUGUACGGGGGUGUAUCGCUUGAAGGCGGAGUACUGCUGGAACGGGCUGAUGCAAAUAAGAAGAUUUAUGGACGGAAAGUCACUGCAAAGGAGUUGCUCUGUGGAGACAUUACGCCGCCCCCAGAAACUGCAUCACUCAUGCGGAUCCUGAACUCACCGUGUUUCUCUUCAGAGCCUGCUGCCGUGUCUCCGGCUGAAGCUACUACUGAUGGUCGUCCGAAUAAUAUUCAGACGGAAAGUGUGGCCUUACCUUCUCAAACGCCGAACUUGCCACCUUCGAGAACUCAUGAGCUCAAUGGUCAAACUGCUCCUCAAAUUGCUGAGCUGGAUACUGGUCCCCCCUGUGACACUUUGGAACUGUCAGGUGAUAAUCUGCAGGACAGGCCCCUUGAACUGGAGUCUACAGUUUCCCUCUUUAUCUCAGCUACCUCCGCAAACUACUGGCGAUACCUGGCCGCCGCCAUUCAUAGUAGUUAG